AUGUAUGACAAUACAAUCCUGAAGAAACCCUGUUGUUUGAAUCUUGAUAAACUUCUUGAGGAUUUUUCACAGAUAGAGAAGAAAUUUGCAGAGAUUAAUGGAAAGAAUAACCUGCUUGAAAUCCAGCUGGAGAAAUGGAGUCGAAUGUGGAAAAUUAGUCAGACAAAACAGUUGAGCUUCAGACAAGAGUACACCGCAUUACAAGGGGUCAUCAAGGGUCUGCAAGAAACUAUUGAGUUACAAUGUAACAUGAGAGAUGAAAAUGGUAACCUUAAGAAGAAAAUAAGUACCUUAGAAGGAAAGCUUCAAGAUGUUACAGAGGUGCCUGUAGAAACAAUAGGAUCACCUGAUGAACGAGCAGAUACAUGGGCAGAGAUUCUUGUUUACAUCUGGGAACUGAGGAUCAUAGUUGAGGAUUUGAGUUUAUCCAACAAAAUGCUCAAGCAUGUGCAAUGUCGAAUGCCAGAGCGUGUUGUAGUGGCGAGUCAUUCUAUAGCUGCAGAUCCAGGAGAAAGUUCCUCGCCACAUAAUGAAGUGCUUGGACAGUCCCCUGGACUUUGCCACACCUUGCGCAAGCCAGUUUUGCACAAGACAAUGUUUUUGUCUUCCGGCAGCGAAGAGAAAAACUGCCAGACGGGAGAUACUCACGCAGGGGUAGAGGCAGCUGAGCUGGACUUGGCUCUGGCACAUUUUAGGGCUAACCCACCCAUAACAUCAGCGUCAUCACCAGAUCCCAAAGCAGACGUGGCCCUGGCUGAUCUUUGUGAGGAGUAUAAGAAAAAUAUAGACUCGCUAAUGGAUAACAUGAGAACUAAGGAAGGAAAUUACAAGACUCAGAUACAGAAGAUCCAGCGUGAAAUGGAGGAGAAUUUAUUGAUAAAAGAAGAAGAGAAACACAGUCUGCUGUCUACAAAGGAGAAGGAAAUAUCGGAUCUCUGGAUACAGCUGCGAAAUCAGGAGAAAGAGAAGCAAAGUGAGAUGAUCAGACAGCAAAUAGAGUUUAAUGCCAAAUUAGCAAGCAUCCAGAGCAGAAAUUGCAAAUCAUACCCAGAUACCAACAGUUUACAUCAGAAUAUCUACAGAACGAAAUUACAGCAUUUGCAAGAAGAAAAGAACAAGGAAAUUGAAAGUCUCCGCAACACUAUUAAAGACUUAGAAAGAAGGCUCAGCUGCGGAUCAGACUCCCGGCUGAAGAGGAAACGUUUCUGA